CUGAGCUGCCAGGAUCAUCUGCAAUCAAGCUCUCCUCCUUGCGUGAUCUUCCAGCUCAGCUGCAAGAAUUGUACCAGCAGGGCUUCGUCUUGGCUGCUGUCCACCCUUUCGUGCAACCGACUGAUGAAAAAGAGAAAACUCCCCAGGAACAAAUCUUCAGGGCUGUGCUUAUCAAGAAAACAGAAAGGUCUCCAAAAGGUGAUGUCCAUAGUGAAGGAUAUGUCUUGGAGGUAGAGUGCUGCUCCUCUUUAAACCAACUUUCAGACAAAAAGGAGAUACCUGAUUUUAUUAAGAAGAUUCAAGAUGCUGCAAGUCAAGGCUUGAAAUUUGUUGGAAUUAUACCUCAGUACCAUUCCCAAAAGAACUGUCUUGUCAGCACCUCCCUGACACCCGCCAGUAACAACUCUGUGCAAUCAAGAGAUAAUAAAAAUGUUUCAGAUUACUCUGAGGAUCAUGCAUCACCGGAUGGCGAGAAAAUAGAUGGCAUUAAUGGAUGCAGUACUCCAGCACCAAGUGAGGAAAGUGCUGACCAAUGUGCCACGUCCAGGGAGGGCUGGAGAGGUGAAGGACAGGCUACUGAAGGGCUGAAUCUCAAGUCUGCGAAUGGAAACGAAGAACAACUUCAACACACGAACCCAAGUGUAACUGAAGCAGCAGACAAGCCAAAUGGACUUGCAGAGAAUGAAACACCAGCACAAUGCUUAAAACCACUUACUGGCAAAGCAGAGAUCUUCGCUCUCUUCAACAAGCCAAAAACCCCACAAAGAUGCAGCCAGUAUUAUACAGUGACUAUCCCUAUGAGGAUCUCCAGGAAUGGGCAGACUGUCAACAGCUUAGAAGCAAAUUGGCUGGAGCACAUGACAGAUCACUUCAGGAAAGGAGGCUCAUUGGUAAACGCCAUCUUCAGCCUUGGAAUGGUAAAUGAUUCUUUACAUGGGACAAUGGAUGGAGUAUUUCUCUUUGAAGAUGUUGCUGUGGAAGAUGGUAAAACCAUGCAGGGCUAUGAUGCAAUUGUUGUAGAGCAGUGGACUGUCCUGAAGGGAGUCGAAGUGCAGACAGAUUACGUUCCGCUGCUGAAUUCCCUUGCCGUGUACGGCUGGCAGCUGACGUGCGUGCUUCCUACUCCGAUUGUGAAGACGAACAGGGAGGGGAAUUUAUCUACAAAGCAAAUUGUAUUUCUUCAGAGACCUUCUUUGCCCCAGAAAGCAAAGAAGAAAGAAUCUAAGUUUCACUGGAGGUUCUCCAAAGAAGACAUGCACAACAAACAAGUUAAGAAUUCCACAAAGGCUAAAUUCAGUACCAGUGAGAAGCAAAUGGCAGAGGAGAAGCAGGAAUUUGAAGUCACAGAGAACGCAAGAAACUUAGAAGCACAAAUCUCAACAGCAGCCAAGCCUGAUCCAGAACAGCAGCUGGAUGAUGUCAUAGACUUGGGAGAUGCGGUAUCUGGGACCAACGACAGAGGUACCCAUCAUGACGGGGCGUCAGAAGAAACAUGUCCUGCCAGUUACGAUACGGAUGGCAGUGAUGCGCAGGUGUGCCUCGGGCAGAGCACGGCUGGCAGCGGUGCGGGACAGGUAACAGAGGGGGGAGACAGUGCUCCGGUACCGGACAGCUGCAGUGGGAGCGACGGGGCAGGGAUGGACGCGGACUGCUCCUGUGAAUAA